AUUGACUCGAGUUACUCUUACGAUAAUCCGUCGUACCUGACCCUCUCCACUAAAUUCCCACAACUCUUUUAUCCUAAAACAUAUAAUGUCAGAGCCUACCCUUCUACCGACCGCCAGGUGAAUCCUUGAGUAAAACACUCGGCUGCCCCGUGUCUCCAGCUCCUCGCUCUUGUCUCUUCCAUCACCUGCUCACCCCGUUGAUCUUACUCGCUUUGAUGCCAGUACCCGUACCAACCUUAUUCAACCAGCUUAUCGCCAAAAUGCCUAAUGUUUUGGGACUCGGAUCCCGCCAGUCAUCCGCUCGUGGAGCUACAGGAGCUGGAGGGGGAGGGGGAGGACCCGGGGAAGUGCCUGGGGCCGGUUCCGGUCCUUCACGCACGGGUACACCACUAUCGCAGCGGACCAAUUCACUCAGAGGAGAACGGGAAGGAAGUCGUAGGGGUCAAACACCACCAAUGCCCCAACAGCCUGAAGAAAAGUAUAUUGUCUAUUUGAGAUUCCCGUUUGCAAGGAAUGGGUUUGUCGAUCCGCCGCAGGUGGAUUGGGACGCUGGGAAGGAAAGUGCUAGCCAUCUUCAGGUUUCUCGCGCAUUUCUACUCCAACAAGCUGCAUGGCUUUACGAGCGUGAGCUUUCUCAAAUUCAAGCUCAGAUGCGAAGGGCCGGAGGGCCCAUCCUGAACACCAACCUGAGCUUCCCUACGCCCGCCUCUCCGCGACCACAAUCACCAGCUGUCAUGGGUGGUGUUCCAAUGGCCAGGACUGGAACCGCUGGAACAGCGGACUUAAGGGCUCACUCAUCGCUUUCAGUUCGGUCAAACCCAAUUACAACCCCAAACCCCCGAACUACGCCCCUCCCUCCAACUCCAACCACAUCUACCAGACCCGUUGCCCAACCCAUGUCACGGACAUGUUCUGCUCGCACGGCGACUCAAGUAACCACCGCACAUCGCCUCUCCAGUCAUGUACCGGCCGAGCCGGUUCGGAAUCCAUCUCCUGCUCAGAGGCUAUCCUCGUCAGAAGUUUCGGAGGAAGAGAUCGAAUCCUCAACUACCGGCUCAUCUGAUGACGAUGACGAUGACGACGAUACUGAUCAACCUCCACGCAGACUCCAGGGUUUCCUUCAGAAGAACCGUGGAACGAGUUCUGACGAAGACGAGGGCGAUAAUGAACCAGCGUUUCUGCCUUUCCCUUCUGCCGAGAAGCCCUUGAGUCUUGGAGAAGCGAAUAUGACAGGGACUGUUAUAUUGCCUAGGAGAGGCGCGGCUGGUGCGAUAUCUGGGAAGGGGAAAGAGGUCAAUAGAUCUGUCACCUCCCCAGCACUUGAGGCUGCCCUGAAAAAACAGGUUCCCGCUGCCAUGAGCAGCCCCAGGAAACUUACUGUGACUGACAGUGCCGGUCCUAGUUCGCCAAGCAUGGGUAGUAGUUUCAGUGAUCUUUCCGACACGAGUGUUACGCAGUCGGCAAUGGAAGAUGCCUACCUAAGUACUAUGCAAGCUGGUGGUAUGGGAAGUAGAAUGUCUAGCCUGAGUCAGGCAGUUAGAAGUCGGUAUUUUCCUACGUCCAAUUAGCCUGGUUAAAUUCAGAGGGCGUCAGGUUUUUGUUAUUUCUCCCUUUCACAUUGUGCCCUUGACCCCGUAUUUUUCUACCGCUUUUGUUAAUCCUUCCCUAUUACCCUUGGCUUCUUGAAAGGAGUCAAUUUUGCGAAUUGAGCGAAAAUGUAGAGUUGUCUCCUGCAAGAAAUUUUAUGAUUUACAAUCUUCAGCUAGAGUACAUUUAAAAAACAAACCAUUGAUUUGAAUUAGCUGCCACCUCAAACCAUCGUACCGAUUCACUAACAUUCUUAUCACCUUAGAGACACCUUUCAUGUUGGCAUCCUUAAUGCGGUUCUUGCGGGGAACCCUGGGUUAUCAGGUGACAAACCAAACUGGAGAAAGAAAACUGUCAUUUCAUGGGGUAGAUGUGAUUGAUAAAGUGGGAUUUUGUGCGUGAAACUAGAUAUGUUUGGUUAUUCGAGUCAAAAACUCUUGAGAGCACGUAA